AGAGUAGUCGCUCUGCUUUGCUGGCUUUGAGCUCUCCCUUGUUGGUUUUUAUGGGUUUGUCUGCCGGGAGAAACGAGAGUUUCAUUUUGCCCAAUCGGUAGAGAGUGAUCGAGAACUAUUUUUUUUUUUCUUUUUCUUCCUGAGGCCCCCCCCCCCCCCUCUUGUUCAAUCUGUGCAUUACUUCCUCCAUUUCUCCACUAACGAAAGAUUAAAGCAGGAGAGAGAGAGAGAGAGAAGAAACGAAAAGAGAAAGAAAAGGAAGUCGUCGUCUAUUUGUAUUCGAUGGAUCUACAGAUCUAACGCUCUCGUAACCACAUGGAUUGACCUCUCUCCUUUCGGAUCCCAAUAGACUCCAGCUGUAGAACCGAGUAGCUGUCGACCAAGGAAGGAGAAAGCUCCAAGAAUAAGUGGAGCAGAAGGUAGGUCGACUUCUUUUUUGUAGGGGGGUUUGGAUUUCUGUUACAUCCUUCUCGGAUGUGGAGAAAUUGGAGGUUGGUUUGGGUGAGAUGAGGUAUGUUAUCGAGAUUGAUGAACUUUCUGAGGGCCUGUUGGCGGUCAUCGUCGGAUCGUUAUGCUCACACGAGCUCGGAUGCUGUGGGUCGACAAGAUGGGCUUCUAUGGUACAAAGACACUGGACAGCACUUGAACGGCGAGUUCUCAAUGGCCGUGGUUCAGGCCAACAAUUUGCUCGAGGAUCAGAGUCAAAUUGAAUCAGGCUCUUUGAGCUCACUAGAGUCCGGACCGUAUGGGACUUUCGUCGGGAUAUAUGACGGGCAUGGUGGCCCUGAGACUUCACGCUACAUCAAUGAUCACCUCUUUCAUCACCUAAAAAGAUUUACCACCGAGCAACAGUCCAUGUCAGUGGAUGUAAUACGAAAGGCAUUUCAGGCAACAGAAGAAGGGUUCCUCUCUGUCGUUACAAAACAGUGGCCGAUGAAGCCGCAAAUUGCAGCUGUUGGAUCUUGUUGCCUGGUUGGUGUGAUAUGCGGGGGAACCCUAUAUGUUGCAAACCUUGGAGAUUCCCGUGUUGUCUUAGGAAGGCUUGUCAAGGCAACCGGAGAGGUGCUGGCUGUCCAGCUCUCUGCAGAGCACAAUGCUGGCAUAGAAUCUGUGAGACAAGAGUUGCACUCUCUGCAUCCAGAUGACUCGCAUAUUGUAGUUUUAAAGCACAACGUAUGGCGUGUGAAGGGCAUCAUACAGGUUUCUAGAUCUAUUGGUGAUGUAUACUUGAAGAAGGCUGAAUUUAAUAGAGAACCUUUACUUGCUAAAUUUCGCUUGCGUGAACCAUUCAAACGUCCAAUACUCAGCUCUGAACCAUCAAUUUUAGUUCACCCACUGCAGCCACAUGAUCAAUUUCUUAUAUUUGCAUCUGAUGGGCUCUGGGAGCACCUAAGCAAUCAGGAAGCAGUUGAUAUAGUUCAAAAUCAUCCACGCAAUGGAAGUGCUCGGAGGCUUGUGAAAGCUGCGCUUCAAGAGGCAGCAAAGAAAAGAGAGAUGCGAUAUUCAGACUUGAAGAAAAUCGAUCGAGGAGUCCGCCGGCAUUUCCAUGAUGACACUACUGUUAUCGUUGUGUUUCUGGACUCGAAUCUUGUGAGCAGAGCCAGUACGGUGAAGGGUCCUACUUUGUCUAUAAGAGGCGGCGGGAUCAGUCUACCUGCCAACACCCUUGCCCCUUGUGCCACGCCCGUGGAACUCGCCACCACAUGAUAUGAAGCCAGGGUCCUUUUGUUCUCUUUGUUGUAACUUGUAAUAGAGGAUGGGGGCCCUACUACUCAUUCCCUGUGCAAAACUGUCAGGCAGCUCUCUCUCUCUCUCUCUCAAGUCUCAACAGUCAAACAACUCAACACUCAAUGAGAGGUAACCCAGUAGCAGGCCUUGAUUUCUGUACUGUAACAUUUUAACUGUGGGUUCUGAUAAAUGAGUUUAGCAUCUGAGCUAAAAUGGGGAAAAAGCCAAGGAAGUGGAGCUUCAAGAUGACAAUUAAAAUUAUUUCUUUGCAAGUUGGAAGAAAUCUUCCGAUCAUCUUUCUUUUGGUUCUGACGUUUGUACAUUGUGUGUAACAGCAUUCUUGGCAAUCCGAGUAUUUAUUUCCUUUUUUUUCACUAA